AUGAUUCGGUCGCUGGGCGCAUCGAGGAACUCCAGCCCCGCACAGUUUCACAUACUGGGUCACAGUCUGGGGGCGCAUGUUGCCGGAUUCGCCGGCAAAGCACUGAACGGUCAACUGGGGCAAAUAACGGGCCUAGACCCUGCGGGGCCGUACUUUGAAGGGGCCUCUCCGCAGGCCCGUCUCUGGCGAACGGACGCCCAGCUGGUGGACGUCCUCCACACCGACGCCGGUCGGCUGGGCAUGUGGCAGCAGUGCGGCAAUGUCGACAUCUACUUCAACGGCGGCCGCAGCCAGCCGGGCUGCACCCAGGACCGGCUGACCUUCAUGACGAGGGGCGCCCUCAAUGGGUUCGCCAAAUCACGGCUCUUUAAAUUCACUCAAACCUAA